GGUGGUCGUUAAUUUAAGGGAAGGAUGAGAUCCACGUCAUCAAAUAAAGUCAUCAUUAUCUCCACAACUCAAGCUCUGAUUGGCAAUCUGGAUAUUCAUAAACCAACCAUUUGUUAACUCACCAAUCCUUAGAUAUCAAACUCCAAAUGUAGGCCCCACCUCCUUAUCUCCCAGCCGUCCGAUCCUAUUCCAUCCCACCCCAUCAUUUAGAAACUCAAACGAGCUCUCUCCUACAGUCAGCCUAUGUUCUACGAAGACGACGACCACCAACACAAACUCCGGCACUUCGGUCUGAACCUCAACUAUUACUGAACCGAAUAAAAAAGAUACGACAUCGUAUGGAGAUUCCCCUCCCGGUGGCUUCGUUGACUUCCGUUCGUGCCACGAGCUCGUCUUUCAGAAGUGGGUUGUGUUAUGAAGUUUGGGUGGGAAAGAAGGGCAGUCAAUGCCAAAACCAAGUGCGACGUGUGAAGGCGUCUGCAGGGGGAAGUGGUAGUGGUGAAAUAAAUCAGGGAGAUGGUGGAAGUAGAAAUCAUGGUGGUGGCGGUGGUGGGAGAGGAGGGGUUACGGGAAGUGUGAUGGAGGUGACCACAUUUGAUCGAGGCGGCUUUGGUGAAGCUACAGCGUCUGAGUUUGCUGUUUGGGAUAAGAUUGGCGCAGUUGUUAGACUCAGCUAUGGAAUAGGUAUAUAUGGGGCAAUGGCACUAGCAGGAAGGUUCAUAUGCUCAAUCACUGGAAUUGAUAGCAUGGGAGGUUUUCAUCCGUCUUUAGAUGCCAUUCUUGAAGGACUUGGAUAUGCAGCUCCACCAAUAAUGGCCCUUCUAUUUAUACUAGAUGAUGAAGUCGUGAAACUGUCACCUCAUGCCCGUGCCAUUAGAGAUGUGGAGGAUGAGGAGCUUCGGAGCUUCUUUUAUGGAAUGUCACCUUGGCAGUUUAUACUAAUGGUGGCUGCAAGCUCAGUGGGAGAAGAGCUUUUCUACCGAGCUGCUGUUCAGGGAGCAUUGGCUGAUAUAUUCCUAAGAGGCACUGAUUUGGUAGCAGAUGCUAGAGGAAUGGCUUCCCUGACAGGCGUGCUGCCUCCCUUUGUCCCAUUUGCUCAGGCAUUUGCAGCUGUAAUAACAGCUGCUCUAACGGGUUCUCUCUAUUAUGUUGCCACGUCUCCCAAAGAUCCUACAUACAUAAUAGCUCCAGUUUUACAAUCUCGCUCUGGUCGUGAAGAUUUGAAAAAGCUUUUUGCAGCAUGGUAUGAGAGAAGACAAAUGAAGAAGAUUUACUCCCCUCUCUUGGAAGGACUAUUGGCUCUGUACCUUGGUUUUGAAUGGAUCCAGACAAAUAAUAUUCUUGCGCCAAUUAUUACGCACGGGAUAUACUCUGCUGUAAUACUGGGACAUGGCCUAUGGAAGAUACAUGAUCACCGGAGACGGCUGCAUCAGAGAAUACAACAGCUCGAAACGGAAGUCAAAGACUCGAACAAAUUAUAAAAGUGCGAGGAAAUCUGUAUAUUACCACCAGAGCUGAUAAUUUAUUAUGUCAAAUACAAUGUAUGAUGGAAAAAAGAAAUAAAUCUUAAACUAACAGUAUAUAAGCUGAACAAGUUAUAGUUAUAGCGUGAAUAUAGAAUAAACUGGUAGUAGAUGAUAAGGUUGUACGUUUAUGUUACCGUCUGAGUGCAAUUUUGUUCGUUCAUCAUUGAAA